AUGGAAGAAGAAGAAGAAGCUAGAACAAUUAGUACUUCCAAAUUUAAGGAUGAUGGAGAAGAACAAGAAGUAGAGAAGGAAAAGAUAACACCACUUCCAAAACUUCAGCUAUUCAUUAUCUCAAUAGUGUUGGUCUGUGAGCCACUAACAUUUGCUGUACUGCUUCCCUUUAUUUAUUUUAUGCUGAAAGACUUUCAUCUAUCAGAUGAUGAGAAACAGAUAGGCUCUUAUGCAGGAUGGAUCACUUCCAUGUUCUUUGUAGCUCAGUUCUGUACAGCCAUCAUUUGGGGAAAGAUAUCUGAUAGGUAUGGACGGCGAACGGUACUCUUGACCGGCCUCUUAGGUAAUGCCAUCUCGUCUUGUCUGUUUGGAAUGAGUAAGAGUUUGUCAUGGGCAAUAGCGUCACGUACAUUAUGUGGUAUAAUGAAUGGUAAUGCAGGCGCUGCUCGUAGUAUGGUUAAUGAGAUUACAGAUAAAACAAACAAAGCCAAGGCAUUUUCUUUAUUUGGAUUUUGCUGGGGCUUAGGUAUGAUAGGUGGUUACCUCGUUAAACCAGCAGAACACUUUCCAAUAAUUUUUGGAAACAGUGAGUUCUUCAAAGCCUACCCUUAUUCUUUACCAUGCUUUGCAGCUUCCACUGCCUCGAUAUUUGGAUUCAGCAUAGGGUAUUUUUUCCUUAAGGAGUCUAACCCUAUAGUUAUUGCUAAGAACCAUAGUAUUGAACGACAACAAAAUUUAAAUCCUGAUAAGUCUACUACUACGGAAAAGGCUGGUUCUCUUCGUGAUGUCCCAAGCACAUCCAUUAUUGUCAUUAGUGGUUAUUUUGUUUAUGCCAUACAUUCCAUGGUUUUCGAUGAAGUUUUGCCACUCUACUUCACUGCUCCAAAAUACGCAGGUGGACUAGGAAUUAGCACGCAAGAAUUUGCAGAGAUCCUGUCAUUUUUUGGUCUUGUGCAAAUAGUGUCUCAGGUAGUCAUAUAUCCUCGACUUACUCGUCACUUUGAUAUAUUGUCGGUGACAAGAUGGGCCUUCGUACUGAUUGUGCCUGUCUAUGUGCUUUUCCCUGAAUUGACGUCGAUACAAAAUUGGUCUUUGAAAAUCAUCUCCCCAUUCCUCAAUUUUGGUAGUGCUAUUAGUCGUGGUGUUGCUGAAAAUUCUGGAGGCAACACCUUGACAUUGGCCAUUGGUUAUGUGAUUUUGCUGUCCAUACGUUGCGUAACCACGGCAUCUACUUUUACAGGAUUCAAUUUAAUGGUUAAUAUGUCGGCUCCAUCUGAAAUACUUGGUAUUGUCAAUGGGUGA